AUGGACGUUUCGCCGGCGAUAUGCGAUCAAAAUGUUCCGGCGGAAGACACGGAGGAGAACGAGGAAGAUGAUGAAGAUUUGUGCCGGAUUUGUCGAUCACCGGAGGAGCCUGGUAACCCAUUGAGGUAUCCGUGUCUGUGUCGUGGGUCUAUCAAGUAUGUUCAUCAAAAUUGUCUUCAUCUUUGGCUGAAUCGUCGCGGACACAAGAAAUGCGAGGUUUGUGGGCGUAGCUAUUCUUUUGUUCCGGUUUAUUCAGAGAAUGCUCCGGAGAGGCUUUCCUUUAACGAAUUUGUGACUGGAGUGUUAUUGAGAGCUGUACGUUACUUGAAAUUGGUUGUUCCUUGGAUUCUGGUGAUCCUCUUCAACACUUACUGCAAUUCUUUACAUCCUUUGGGACGAGCAUUUGCUGCUGACUUCCAGAAUCCUUAUGAUCGUGUGUUUCAUGACCAUUGUCACUAUUCUAAGGAUAGAGGUAGGAGAUCUCAUUCUCAUGAGAUUUGCUGA